AUGCCGUGCACGACUGAAGGAGAGAGCGGUGGUGACAACUUGCUCACACAUAUUUUGUUUCUAUCCCACCCCGAUGAUGCUGUUUCCACGAUUUUGAAUCCGACGGAAGACUACAAGACGAGUGUGCUGAGUGGUUUGGACCCCAAUACUGUCAUGGAGUGCGCUGGUCGUGCUUUGGGGUUUUGGGCAUAUCAGAGCACGCAAGAGAUAUUUUAUCAAGAAUUCCUGGGCAAGAGUCUCACCGAAAAGUAUACAAGCCUCAACAUGCAGAUGGACAGAGUCGUUCUCAACGCGAACUCGGAAAUCUCAAAUCUUCACAGCAGGCUUUCAGAUCUACAAGCAGUCCAAGAACAAUUGCAAAAGAAAAAUCAAGAGCUUGUGGAUCUCUAUCGUGAAAAGUCCACGAAAUUGACACAGAUGACGAAUCUCUACAACAUUCUCAAAGCACGCGCCAUGCGAUCCCCGAAGUGGUACUGGAAGUUCCAGACGGUUGGAUUCGAAAAUCUCAAAAACUACGGGAAUGCUUCCUCCAAGUCGGCCUACCCUAAACUUGCACAAUCCGCAGAUUUCGCAAACCAAUCCGCAGCAUCGGACUCGUCUUCCACAAAGCAGUCGGCCUCCGACGGGCUUUUCGCAGCUCCCGCCCGACGACGUUAUCAUGGCCAGAUUUAG